AUGGCCAACCCGUGUGUCUCUCAGCGAUGCGGUCUUUGUGGCUUCAAACUUCAAAAGAACGACAAGAUCGUUGCCACUCGCGACCCGCCUUCGGCGACAAGACAGCCGGGUUUAUGGUGGAGGACAAUCCUCUUACCCGGUUGUGACCAGGUACUUGUCACCAAAAGCGACGGUUUCAAGAUUCGCGGCAUUUCCUCGCAGCACGAGACGGCUAGUUCUAGCUCGAACCAGACCCUGUGGGCUGUGCUUCCGUCACAAGAUGUGCGAAUAUUCUCGAUUGACUCGGCCCUACUAGAGCGAGCCUGGCCACAGCUCAUGUCGGUGCUGCCGUACAACGAGCCAGAGAUUUCCGCAUACUCGCUCUUCUGGAACCUGCGCAUGAGGGCCUUGCACGCCCAUGCCAAAGAGGGCGGCAACACAAUGUACCAAGGCCAAGACGAUGGGAUUUGGGUGUACUCUCCGAUGGAAAGGGGGGAGAAAAUACGCCAAAUCUGGAAACAGGGCGACAAGAGAAGUUUUGCCUUGAUAUUGAGAACGACUAAAGAUCGCGUUCUUCUCUGCGGCCCACAGCCCAAGAAACAGUCCUCAGAUCCACCACCAACCCUGCUUUGGAGCGAUUCUCUGCCCUCCACUACAGACAGAGGCAGCCGACUAUUUUUUCCAGAGCUCUCCGUUGGGGGUGCGCCAUAUGGCUAUAGAGACGCCUGA